CUACAGGCCGGCGCUUCUUAGUAAUUUGUGUUUUGUGUCUCCAGGAUGGCGGAGGAGGUGAAGAGGGAGAAGGAAGGUCUCAUCGAGUUCUAUUCAUCAUAUCGGGAACUCUUCGAGUUCUUCUGUAAUAAUACCACCAUUCAUGGCGCCAUCCGGCUGGUGUGUUCCCGAAACAACCGCAUGAAAACCGCCUUCUGGUUGGUCCUCUUCCUGGUCACCUUCGGCCUCAUGUACUGGCAGUUCGGACUUCUCUUCGGACAAUAUUUCAGUUACCCGGUGAGCAUUAAUGUCAACGUCAACUCCGACCGCCUCCUGUUCCCGGCUGUGACCGUGUGCACCUUGAACCCGUACAGGUACCAUUCUAUCCUGAGUGACUUGGACCAGCUGGACAGAGACACCCAGCAGCUCCUCUUCAGCCUCUAUCAGUACAAUGUGACCGGGGUCCAAGGCCGCGUUCCCACAAACCGGAGGAGGCGGGAAGCCAAGGAUCCGCUUCCAUUCCCUCUGGAGAAGAUCCCAGCUGAGGAACGUUCCCACAGGGCGCCACGAAGUGUAGAUUCCGGGCCCGAGGGGGACACCAUGCCAGUCAACCGUCAGAACUGGAACAUCGGCUUCAAACUGUGUAAUAAGACCGGAGGGGAUUGCUUCUACCAGACGUACAGCUCGGGGGUGGACGCCGUCCAGGAAUGGUAUCGCUUCCAGUAUAUAAAUAUCCUCGCCCGCGUUCCCAAGGAUGCCGAUGUCACCACUGAGCAGCUGGAAAACUUUAUCCUCGCUUGUCGGUUCAAUGAGGAGCAUUGCAUGCAGACCGGAAACUACACACAUUUCCACCAUCCCAUCUACGGAAACUGCUACACCUUCAACCACAACCAUUCCGAGAGCAGCACGUGGAUCUCCUCCAUGCCGGGGAUAAAGAACGGUUUGACGCUCGUCCUGCGCACCGAGCAGCACGACUACAUCCCGCUCCUGUCCUCCGUUGCCGGGGCGCGGGUCCUGGUUCAUGGGCACAACGAGCCGCCCUUCAUGGACGAUAGUGGCUUUAACAUCCAGCCCGGGGUGGAGACCUCCAUUGGCAUGAGAAAGGUAGAGAACCAAUCAGAAUGCAAUGUGCGAUUGUCAAGCUUUGAUGGUCUCCGGCCCUCCAGUUGUUCAGGAACUACAAUUCCCAUCAUCCCUGUGAAC